UUAUGUACAACUUCAAAAAUGAAUCAGCUCUGUUGUCUGUCAUGCAAAUAUUAAAAACAUGUUCAAGUGAUGGAUCUUUAUCGAAGCCGUUACCAGGAAAAUUGUUUCUAAACCAAGUAAACAAACGCCAUUGUGUACCGUAAUUUCCGGCCUAGAAGCUGCGACUUUUAACCCUGCUGUUUAUGUGGUGAUGCGGCGCUAGCGUUAGCGCACCUGGUAAUGAGCCUCGAUACACAGAAAGAGCUUAAAGCUAGCUAGCCAGGUGCCCUCUGUAGGCCAGGAAUUAUGGUCAUCAAUAUUUCACGUGUCAUUUUGUAAAGGCGCGCUGAUUAGCUGCAGCACAUCAUGUGCCGGAGUUAAAAUAGAAUCUUUUCAAAGCAUUCCUCGUGGCGUGACGUCGAACAGGUCCACCCGGUCUUUCGCUUCCUCACCUUUAAAAAAAAAAAAAAAAAAAAAAAGAAUUAUGUAAAGAAACCUUCCAGGAAGAGGUGUUGCUUGAAAGGGAGGGCCAGCGUUGAAAGAGGCAGAUGCCCGGUCAGGGUGACUUGAUUUCAGAACUUGUGUGAGGAUACCAGAACAAGGAGGCAGAAUGCGGGACAUGCUGGAGAGGCUGCGGAAUGUUAGCGAGGAUUUGGAGGAGGACGAAGAAAUGGAGUAUGACGAGAGCAAGUUACCGACAGCUCAAGAGGCAAUUGUCUUUGAGAACUCCUCGGACAUUGAGACCAUCCUGAAGGAAGCCGAGUCCAUACGCAAGGAGAUUUCCAUGCUCCUCCUGGAGGUGGAGCGCCUGGACAAGAACAACGAGCGUUUUCGCACCACCGUCCGCCACUUUUCCACAGUCAAGAGGGACUCGGACGACAUCGCCAGGGGGAUCCAGAAGCAAGGCCAACAGCUGCACACUCGGAUUUUGGCACUGGGUGAGGAAAGCAAAAAAAUUAAGAAAAGAGAGGGGCCCGAAUCAGCUUCGAGUCGCAUUACUUGUAUGCAGUACGACUCGCUCAUCCUCGCCUUCCAAGCCGCCAUGGGGAAUUACAACCAGGCGGAGGAACUGCAGCGGCUCAUUUGUAGGGAGCGUAUCCAGCGGCAGGCCUCCAUAUUAGGGACCAAAAUCACUGACAAGAAACUCGAUGAAAUUGUAGACAAAGGAUGCGAAGGCUGGAGCGAGUUGUACCAGAGCCUGCCGACCCAAGAGGGUCACUCCUCCCGCUGGGCGAUGAACGAAAUAAAAGACCGACACAAUGAGCUGCUCGCACUGGAGGCCCGGCUCAAGGAAGUCCACGAACUGUUCCAGCAAGUGGCCGCCCUGACCGAAGAGCAGUGCUCCAUGCUCAAUAACAUCGAGGCCAACGUGUCGAACACUCAGCACUAUAUUCAGAAAUCCAUUGUCGACAUCAACAGGGCGAAACAGUACAGGAAAAAAAAUCCCUUUUUGCAAUGUUGCCCGUGUCUACCAUGUUGGACAAGAUAAACUGGAACAAGUAUUAGGUUUGAGGAUUUAUAUAUCCAUGAAGUUUUUGGGAGUUUUUGUACAGUCUGCUCCCAACCUUGUGGGGAUAUUCUCAGGGCAAUAAAUUGAUCACAACUGGACCGUUCCAGUCUUCUAAGAAGAUGUUUGGCCUCUCACCCGAGCUGGCUCACGUUACUAGGCUAGUUCGGACAGGACAAGCCUGGCUGUUGGUCUGGAAACCAAAGUAUUUGUCGGACGACUUAGCGGGAUGACUCAAUCUAUAAAUGGCAUCACCCUUUCGGGAUGCAAAAGAUGCUUUGCAGAGAUUCCCGUCAACAGCAGUCAUUGGGUGUAAACUCCCUCAGUAAUCCAGAAUUCCGUUUAGAAGUGACAAAAGGACUCCGUUGUGCGCAGGUGGGAGGUGGUUUGGUCAGCCUGGUCCUAUGUUUAGAGAUGACCUCUCUCGUUCCUCUUUCAAACCAUCUGUCGCUUUGAGGUGCAGCUAGACAACUCAGUGUUGACCAAAGAGUUAAUUAAGACUGAUGAAGGCUGCUCGGAUGAGAGCCGAAAAGUAUUCCAAGACAACCAGAACAGUCCAGUUGAAAUCCAUUCAGUGUCCUGAGAAUGAAAUGACAAACGUGAGAUGAGAAUAUCCCGAGGCUUGUGGGAACCCUUUUGACAAAGGCCCUGUUUUGUACCAGUUCCACUCUCAUCCACAAAGCUAAACGUCAAAGAGUAAUCUAGCCCAUAUCCAAGUCUAGUACUGGUCAGCAGUCAGUCACAAGGCGUCAGCAUUGUGAGCCACUAAACUUCCACAGGUCCAAUCUACUAAGUUAACUGAAGCCAGCCAGGUCUUGUUCUCGGAAUGGAUUUUAACCAAAGAUUUUUUUUUUUAACUUUUGAGUCAAACUAUACAUUAAGUCAUUACUUUCAUAAAAAUAAUAACUAUAAAGUAUUUCUCUUUGAUGUGGUUGCACUGACGCGGUGAGAUGAUUUGGAAAGUACUUUGUGCACCAUGUUGCUUCAUCUGAAUUGUUUCAU